CGCGCUUGCUCAUUUUGGGUCACGCGCCAUCAUUCCACUGUCGCGAGCGCUGUGACUUUAAGAGCGUUUUUGUUCACAUAUAUAUAAAUAAAUUAUACAUUCUUCCGGUACAUUAUAACAAAGACCAAAUAUUGUGUCAAAAAGGGAUAAAAACAACGUUUAUUUCCCCGCAUCAUGGUGAAGAUCAGUUUUCAGCCCAUCGCAGGACAAAAGGCCGAUAAAGAGGAUGGUGAUGGAGAUAAGACUCAAAUAUUCAUACCGCAUGCACACGUGGAAGAGGAACUGGUCUUGCCUGUCGGACGGAAACGCUCCUCUUUGAGUGGACUCUGCUGUCUGACAUCUGCAUUGAUUGUCUUCACCUGCAGUCUGAUAUAUGCUUCAAUAUAUAUCUACCGAUACUACAUCAUUCCUCAGGUUCCUGAUCAAAGUCGAUUCCACUGCCGUGUGGUGUAUGAGGACUCGGUGUCGGCUCCACUGCGAGGGUCUCAUGAGCUGGAGGAGAAUGUGGGGAUUUACCUAAAAGAAAACUAUGAGCAAAUCAGUGUGCCUGUGCCUGACUUUAGCAACACAGACCCUGCUGACAUCAUUCAUGAUUUCCACAGGGGUCUGACAGCCUAUCAUGACAUCGCCUUAGACAAGUGUUACGUCAUCGAGCUCAAUACCAGUGUGGUAAUGCCACCACGAAACCUCUGGGAACUGCUCGUCAACGUCAAGAAAGGGACUUAUCUUCCCCAGACAUACAUUGUCCAAGAAGAAAUGGUUGUGACUGGCCGUGUUAAUAACAUGCAUCAGCUUGGGCGUUUUAUUUACCGUCUGUGUAAUGGUAAAGAUACGUACAGGCUUCGUCGACGCACCUCUCGCCGUCGUAUCACCAAGCGUGAGGCGCAGAACUGUCACCGCAUCCGUCAUUUUGAGAACACUUUUGUGGUGGAGACAGUCAUUUGUGAGACCCCAUAGGCUGCUUAUCCCUUGCCCUUCCUGUUUCUGAUGAGAUCACAGUCUCAGUAGCCACAACCACUCUUUAUCUCUGACCCUUGUCUAUCUCUUUUUGUACUUUUCUUUCUCUGUACGUAAUCGGAAUUCAUUGCACAUGGUUUAACCUAAAGGUGUUGAAAUACUUUGUUUCUUUGCAUAUUUUCAAUAAUGAUCAUUCUCAAAUGAGUGCUUUUGAAAUCUUAAAAUGGUAGCAUCGGACGUCUUAAAAUUAGACGAUUAUGGGCAUUAAGCUCAGAGUGUGAGUGUAUGUGUGUUUACACUCAUGCCUGCAUGCUCGUACGUGUUUGUGGCUGGCUGUUUGUGCUACAUAAAAUUCCUCUUUGAACUCUUAUAUAUGUGUGAAUUGUUAGAGCUAUACUGUUUACUCAUGAAUAUUCUCAACUGGUGGGUCGUGACCCUAGAAUGGGUCACAGGUCUGUUUACAGAAAAAAAAUGAACUGAUCCUAAUGCCAGUUAAAGCGUCUGAUAAAAAAUCACAUGCAUCUUUGCAUUUAUCAUUUUUGUUCACAUACUAUUAUGGAAUGAUAUUCCGGACAUUAUUCAAAAGGAAUUGCAAAUUGUAUUUGCAUUUGCGUUUUCAAUUUGUGGACGCAUAAAAUGUGACAUAAUCCAAACGCAAUUGCAAAUCGCGCAUUACCGUUUGCAUUUUCGUUUAAGCGAACGCACAGUGACUGCCAGAUUUCAAAUGGAAAAGCAAAGUCCGUUUGCAACUGUGUUUCCCAUAUCUUACGAGUUUUGGCCCUGUCAUAUUUAAAUAGCAAUUUCAAUUACCACGUCUGCUUUUUCACUUUCUCAGCGUGGCGUAUGU